UACACUGAAAUCGACUGUACUACCGCGCAUUGUCAGCAUCACGACACCAAGAUGUCAUGCCAAGAAUUACAAGACUUUCUCUACCAUACAUGCGUGAAAUUUCCAUAAAAAAGAUCACUCAAAAAAAUAUCACCCUGCAAAAGAAGGCAAACAGGUCGCCACCCCUCUGAGCAAGCACCUACAUUUUCUUCCUUUCUUUACCUUGAGCUUGAAUCCCUCGGCGCUCGACGAUCUCUCAAGCUGAGCAAAAUCAAAGGCGCCGGCGCCGCCACCCCCCGCCAAGCGCCCACCACUGCAACAACCUGUAGCUUGUUCCUCGCCGCCAUGCCACUAUCGGUCACGAUCCUCGAGGAGGCCCGCGUCGCCGUGCCGGCCACUGCCGGGCUGCCGGCGGAGCCGAUCCGGCUGUCCGCGCUGGACGCGCAGUGGGUCACGAUCCCGCUCAUCCAGCGCCUGCUCAUCUUCGUCGACGGCGCCGGCAGCCGCGGCAUCCCGCCUUUUGCGUCCGUCGUGGCCGCCCUCCGCCAGUCGCUGGCGGAGACUGUCGCGCGGUUCCUCCCGCUGGCGGGGAGGCUCGUGCACCUGCCGUCCACGGGCGACGCCGCAAUCGACUGCACCGAGCGCGGCGUGGCCGGCGGGGUCAGGUUCAUCGUCGCGGAGAGCGACGGCGCCGACGCGGCACGCCUCGCGGGGGACGCGGACCACGACGCGGAGGCGUUCGGUCGGCUCGUGCCCGUGCUCGAUGCCGGCCAGCUCCCAGCGGAGACGAUGGCCGCGCAGGUCACGCGGCUGCAGGGCGGGCUUGCUGUCAGCGUGGCGCUGCACCACGCCGUGGUCGACGGCCGGUCCGUAUGGAGGUUCCUGGAGGCGUGGGCGGCGGCGUGCCGCGGGGAAGGGGACGCGGACGCGGCCGCCGCGCCGCCGACGUUCGACCGCGCGGCGAUCAAGCUUCCCGGCGGCGAGGAGCUCGCUAGGAGCGUGCUGCGGCGGUACGCGCCCGAUUUGCCAGUGGCCCCCAUGGCGGCGUUGCUCGUCCACCCGAUCCUCUUCCGCCGGACGUUCACCAUCACCGCGCAGAAGAUGCUCCGGCUGAAGCAGCGCAUCGCCGACUUCUCGCCGGUGCAGCAGGCCGCCGCCAUGCCGUCCAGCUUUGUCGCCGUCGCGGCGCUGGCGUGGGUGUCAUUCGUCUGCGCCAAGCACCCGGACACCGUCUCCCCGGACGACGAUGUCUACCUCUUCUUCUUCGCCGACUGCCGCGCGCGCCUGAACCCGCCCCCGGGGGAGCGCUACUUCGGGACGUGCAUCACCGGGUGCCUCGCCAAGGCGACCGCGCGGGACCUCCUCGCGGAAAGCGGGGUGGCGCGCGCCGCGGCCGCAGUGGCGGAGGAGGUACGGCGCGCGGCGGAGGAGCCGCUGGCCAUGUGGGAAUGGAUGGACAUUCUGUCGUGGAUACCCCUGGACCGGCUGGUGAACAUGGCCGGGUCGACGAGGUUUCCGGCCUACGAGGCGGCCGACUUCGGGUGGGGUCCGCCCGGCAGGACGGAGCUGGUCACCAUGCACCACAACGGGCAGGUAGUGCUCGUCGCCGGAAAGAAGGACGGCUCCGGCGCCGGAGCCGUGCAGGCGUCCGUGGCGAUUGUCCCAGCGCACAUGGAGGCGUUCAAGUCGCACUUCCUGAGCUACCUCGGCUGAUGUCCAGUUCGAAUUGGAUCCAUAAACAUUGUUCUUCCAUGGACAUCGAUCACGAGUUAUCAUGUUUCAAACGAUUAUCUGUCAGAAAAUGUAAUAAAGAUCUGUCGUACAUGCCAACAGAGAUUGCAAUUUGUUUUUCUUUUUUUGGAAAUCAACAGAGAAUGCAGUUGAUAUGUCACUCUUUUUACCCCUUUUAUUAAGGACAUCAGGACAUACCACUCUCCAAAGCAAUUUAC